AUGGAUUCGACGGCAUCCUCGUACAGCGGCUAUGUAACCUACAUGGCCGCUCGUAACCCAAGUAUGGGGGUCCUGUCUAAUUUCCUCCUUCGCCCACCCCCAGCUUUCUUUCGUAGUACAGUCAGUUACAUCAAGAUCAUCUCAGAAAGAGUUGUGGCAGACGCAGGUCCCCCCAACCAGCUCACGUGCACCGAUCUUGUUCAGAAAGUAUCAGAACUUGGGGCGACCAGCGGCCUCGUCGCGGUUAUCGAGAACCUCCGACCCGAGGAUGUGGAGACCUUGGGGUCGGCCUGGGACAUCGAUCCCUUUUUCUUUUGCGGCCACAUCGCGUCCUCCUAUCAGCUUGUCGAAGAAGGGCCGCCUCCGCCCUUGAUGGCCCUGCCGCCGUCUCGGAUCGUAUCGCAGGAAUAUUUCAAUCUCCACUAUCAGAAGGUUCUAGACCUGGGUGAUGAGUCUAUUCUGGCCCACCUGCCGUACAAGCUCGGUCUCCCUGCGAAUAUUCCCCGAAUUGUGCGACGUCUACCCGGGCUUUCGGGAAGGGCGAUCGGCCUCGUGCGCAGUUGCUGCUCGGUUUUGAAGAAACGAAUGCCAGAUGGCAAAUGGAUAUGCUUGAUCCUAGUGGACCCCACAAUAGCGGAUUUUGUCGCACAGAAACCACGGACUGACACCCCGUUCGAGGACGUUAGGGUUAGGAUCCCCCAAGCCCCACGCCGGAUCAAUGUCGAAGAUUUCUGCGACCUGCCCACUUAUUCCACGUUUCGCUCCUCUGGGAGCGCAAAGGCAGACCCGCGAGACCCAAACAUGCGAGAGGACCUGCUGCGGCUCCUGCAGGUUCCGCCUCCGGACUGGAACGCAGACGACCCCGACAUCCUGUCGCUGGUCUACUAUCCGGUCAAGAUCGUGGUGGCGGAGUGGAUGCUGUACGGCCUGGUGAUGGGCCGGUACGUCAAGUUCUACGAGUACUCGCUCCAGGCGGCGCGUCCUUGGGCAAGCCAGUUCGAGCAAGCGGACGUGCUGGAACUCCACCGGUGGCGGCGCCGGAGUCAGCAGAGCCUGCACAAGAUCCGAAUGAUGCGGCGGUUUGUGGAGCACUGGGGGGAGCGACACCCGCCUUCACCGCCGAGAACCUGGCAUCAUAUGCUGGUGGGUGAUUUCCGACACCUAGAGGAGCAGAUCGAGCUGCAUGCUCGCGCUUUCGAAAUCUUAAACCCCAUCAAUACCGCAUUGGUGCAGCUUCUCGACUCGCGCAAGUCCAUUUCCCAGGCUGAGGACGUCAAGCGCCUUAGCCUCGUUGCCCUGGUCUUCAUCCCGCUUUCCUACGUUACGGGCAUAUUCAGCAUGGCCGACCGGUAUGCUCCGGGGAGUGAACGCUUCUGGGUAUACUGGGCGACCGCGGUGCCCAUCGCCGUGGUCGUGCUGUGCUUCACGUUUUUGACGGGGCGCAUCCCGGAGCUUGUCCGGUGGGUUCACGGUUGGCGUGAAGUUGCGUUCAAGGCUCGAUGA